AUGAAAACUUUAUUAAAUCCUGAGGAUCCAAUUGCACUAGCAAUGGAUACAAUUUUUAAAUUUGCUUUUAGAAGAUUUUUCUAUCCCAAUAUCUUAUGGAAAUUUAUGAAAUUUUUCUGUAUUGGAUCUGAAGGAAGCCUAAAGAAGAGUAUUCAAAUUUUGAAUAAUACGAUAACUGAGGCACAAGAAGAACGUAACAAUAGAAAUAAAGAUGAAACUUUUGAUGAUGAUUUAUUGUGGACAUUCAUGAAGAAAGUGCAAGUUAAUGGACACAUUUUGCCUAGCUCUGCUAUUAUGGGCACAGUUCUUGAUAUUCUAUUAGCAGGUCGUGACUCUGUUGCUACAUCUGCUAGUUGGUUUUUUUGGCUCGUUAUGAAUAACCCUCGUGUUGAAGAAAAGAUCGUCCAUGAAAUCAUAACGGUUUUAAAAAAGACUCGAGGGAAAGACAAGGUCGCCCUAUGGAGAAAAGACACUAGAAUGGAUGAAAUCAACAGUUUGGUCUAUCUUCAUGCAAUGUUGCUAGAAACACUACGUUUAUAUCCUGCAGUUCCAAAAAUUGUGAGGUAUGCGAUAUGUGAUGAUAUCCUUCCGGAUGGAACCUAUGUACCAGCUGGUUCGGACAUCAUUUUAUCGUUAUACUCAGUGGGAAGGAUGAAGUCUGUGUGGGGAGAAGAUUGUAUAGAAUUUAAACCGGAAAGAUGGCUAUCUACUGAUGAAAAAAGAAUUGAAAGGCAUGAAGAUGGAUAUAAAUUUGUAGCAUUUAAUGGUGGAUCAAGAAUAUGCAUAGCUAAAUACUUAACUUAUCUUGAAAUGAAGUCUGUAGCUUCAGCUAUAUUACUUCGAUACGAGUUAUCUCAUGUUCCUGGUCAUCAAGUUACGUCAAAACUCUCAUUCACUAUAGCCAUGAAUAACGGCCUUAAGGUCAACCUCAAACGUCGUGAUCUUAAUGACUUUGAUGUAAUAAACUGA